AGGCAGUUAGACAGCUUCUCCUUGUGCUGUUAUGCUAAUACUAAAAUUAUCAACAAGGACGUGGACUGCAAAUACCCAUCGUCUUCGCAAGACUCGUUUUCAAGUUGCAAUCGCAUGAUUGAGGACUCAGGUCCAAGAAAGAUCAUUUGGUUGCUCGGUGUUCUUGCUGUGCUUGGUAACCUGGCUGUAAUAGCUUGGCGUCUUAUUAGGCGCGACGACCACCCGGUUCAGACCUGUCUUCUGACGAAUCUCGCGGUGUCCGACUUUCUCAUGGGAGUGUACCUUAUGAUUGUUGCCAUUCAAGAUCAAAUUUGGGCAGGUAUAAUUUUCGAUCACCAGUGUUUCGGUGGGAGUAAUACAAGUUCUUUUUCUACUGACACAGCAUUUAUGUUAAGCUUGGUUAUUUAGAGCUUGGUUAGUAAGAGUUUUCAAAUAAAAAUGAUCAAACAGUACGGAACCCUUAAAUGACCUUGAAUUUGAAGAGAUCACACCUAAUUCUUACCUUUUGAGGUCACAUCAAACUAAAGCUUGUACACAGGCCUCGACUUGCCUGUUCCAGGCAAGGCAAAGGCACGAGAAAAUAUACGAUCGUGAUCUGGGAAAACCUGGGGGUGGUGGCAGUUUCCUCCCGUUUUAUUUUCGUGUUCGCUUUCCCAAUUUCGCGGGCCCGACUGUCUCGAAGCCUGGAACAUUCAGGCUAAACUUCGAUCAGGUGUCAAUUUAACUAAACUUUUUCUUUUAUAAUUUACAAGUGUAGCUAUUGAUUUCAGACUCUAAAACAAAUUUGCACACGUAAAAGUUUUAUACAAUUGACUCCAGCCUUUGCUACUAUAAUGCACAAAGUGCUUUUUCUUUAAAUAAUAAUAUGACCUGGAAGUUAUUUUCCGGGUACAGCAUACAAUACGGUGCAAAGACAGGUGAGUGUUAUUAUAAUACUGAAACAGUGCUUCAUUUCCAGGCCACUACUUUAGCUUCGACCUCACUUGGCGAUCAGGAACACUUUGUAAACUUGCUGGUGCUUUAUCAGUGCUGUCGAGCGAAGUCUCGGUACUAAUGCUGACUGUUAUAACCGCUGAUCGAUUGAUCAGCAUCGUCUUUACAUUCAGCUGUCGCCGAUUCACGCUAAAGGGAACUUACGUUAUUUGUGCAGCCGUCUGGGUCAUAGGAAUCAUCAUUGCCGUCACUCCAACAACUGACCUCCCAUAUUUUUACAACGAGGACAGACAAUAUGGAUUUUACGGUAUAUCCGCUUUUCAAGUAAAACUCCGCACCAUUAAUUUAAUUUUCCACUACUCUCGGGCUGUUAUAAUCUAAUGGAUUAAAGCGUCUUGAUCAGUCUACCGUAGUCGAGUGAUCUCGAGCAAGUUUCGUUUAGCACAUCUUAGUAAACUGUUUGACAGGAAAUUGUCAUGGCAAAAGAAUACUGCGCUCUGUAACUUGUAGGAUAAAAUGUUCAUCGCCAUCUUCAUCAUCAUCAUUAUCAUCAUCAUCAUCAUCAUCAUCAUCAUCAUCGUUAUUUGCUUCCUGUUGCUCUUCCUCUCUCCUUAUCAUUAUUAUUAGCCUGUCAUAUUAUCUGAUAUUAAAGACCAACUAAAAUAUGUAAUUCGUAUUUUGUUUUUCUUUAAGGGCGUUCGUCAGUUUGUCUCCCUCUCCAACUGUCCACAGAAAGGCUGGCCGGCUGGGAGUAUUCAGUUGCCAUAUUUAUCGCUUUGAAUCUCGCAGCUUUCCUUUUCAUCAUGACAGCUUACAUCGCCAUUAUUUUUAAGGUGUUUAAGUCACAGAGGAGAAUCAAGGCACAUGGAGAAUCAAAAAUCAAUAACAGCCUCAACAGAGAGUCGGCCCUCGCACGGAGAGUGUUCGCCAUCAUCUUAACUGACUUCUGUUGCUGGAUUCCUGUGAUAAUUUUGGGUAUUCUUGCCCUCGUUGAGAAGUUCAAUGAUCCUGAAGGAACGGCCUACGUGUGGUUUGCUGUGUUUGUCCUGCCGGUUAAUUCGUCUGUUAAUCCUCUGCUUUACACGUUUUCAACACCGAAGGUAGGAGCGCAAAUGGGAAACCAGUUAAGAGUCAAUGUCAGUAAGAAUCGGAGAUUAUCCCAACACCGCGGACACAGUUCAAAAUUCUUUGAUAUCAAUGAAAUCCUCCGCUAUAUAUUUUGUUCCCUUUGGGGUCAACAAUAUGGAGGAAAAGAAUUCACGAAAUCUUAA